CCAUGAGCUGUCUCACCUUAAAGUGACAGUGAGGAACUAUUAUCUGGUCUCAGUUUAGUCCUGAACCUCUAUAUGACCUCCAUCAGUAAACGAGACCAUACAGACUUAAUUUAUUAUUAACUUAAUUAUUCACUUAUUAUUAUCAUUAAAAACGUUGAUCAAACUGUAUUUUAGGGAAGAAGAGAUAAUUCUGAAAACUGUGGAGCCGUCUCCAAACCAUAUACCUUCUAAAAGUUAAAGUAAUCAGUGUUUCUAACAGAGAAAUUAUCCCUGUUGUAAACAAUUGUCAAACACAGUCUCUCAAACUGCUCCUCUUCCUGAAAUGGAUCAAAGUAUUACAACUAUUCAAUAAGGAAUAGUCCUUUGAUCCAUUCCAGGAAGAGGAGCAGGACUAUUCCUUAUUAAAUAGUACUUUUUGGUUAGGAAGGUUCCUAACGCAGUAAAAUGACCCGGAAGUAUAUGAGUACAUGUGCUUAUGAUCAGAAUAAAAUCUGCAUAACAACAAAGAGUCUUAUGAGACAUUGUUAGUGGGAGCUCAUCAGUUUGAAACUGAACAAAGUUUAGUAGCUUUGUACUUUCCACAUUCCUUCUUUCAUUUAUAUUCCAACUUCGUUAAUAAAGUAAUUGAACCGAAUUGUUUAUGUUGUUAAUAAAGUAAUACUUUGAACCGGGUUGUUCAUGUCGUCUGCAUGAAGCAACACUGCAAUGCUGCGUUCGAUUUGUGGAGGCCAAUCAGCGUUGAGAUGCUGCCCCCGUCAUCACUGACAUGACGUCAUCACUGACGUCAUGCCGUUGGUGAAUCAAACUGGCUGCUGCUACUCUCGUAGCGCUGAAAGCGGAAGUUAUCCGGACGUAGACUGAAAGCUGUGUGAGCCCACGGGUGAGGGAGUUUGAUGUUCAGACAUUUGUGGAAUUUCCACAACAAGUAUAAAGCAGAAAUAGUCUUUAUUUCUUCCAUGUUGGAUGGCGGAAAUGUUAACUGUUUUUUACGGAGACAAGCCACGCCCCUUUGCAAUAUCUGAAGGAAACCGGGUUGAGUGGAAGGAUAUAGGUUAACGUUAGGUUUAAAUUUUUUUUUUAAAUUUUUUUUUUACAUUUAUUUUAAUUUUGGAGGGAGAGAUAACUCUGGUCCAUACCCGAGUACAGUAAGUGGUGGUAAUGCACCUUUUGUUGGAUGCCAUCCGCCAUAAAACUCCAAAAAGAAGAAGAAGAAACCACGCCCCUUUUCGGCGCGAAUGAAGCUAAUUAAUCACAAAAUAGUCCGGCGAGUAAAACUCACGCGGCAACGCUUUACUCGCUUUUUGAUGUGAACGCGGCUCCAGAACACGGACGAAGUAUCUAAGAUGCGCUUUUUUUUUGUAGUCCAUUUCCUGAACAUUGUAGUUUUACCGCUGCGGACUGACGUCACUAACAUCUGCCGUCGCCUCAUAUCUAAGUUACGUAGUUUAGUGAAAGUGUCGACAAACACACGAGGCGAAAAACCGCGGUUGUCUUAAAUUCUCGUUUCCGUGACGUUUUCCACGGAAACGUGUUUAGGAAUAGAUGUUAGGAGGUAAGUUUUGGACUAUUCGACCGCAGCCAGUAGUUAUUUUUGAGAGGUAAAAUAGAGCAGAAAGGAGUUCAGCUGGACCAGGAGACCUUCUCUUGUUCCAUCUGUCUGGAUCUACUGAAGGAUACGGUGACUAUUCCCUGUGGACACAGCUACUGCAUGAGCUGUAUUAAAGCCCACUGGGAUAAAGAGGACGAGAAGAAACUCCACAGCUGCCCUCAGUGUAGGCAGACCUUCACACCGAGGCCUGUCCUGGUGAAAAACACCAUGUUAGCAGAUUUAGUGGAGGAGCUGAAGAAGACUGGACUCCAAGCUGCUCCUGUUGAUCACUGCUAUGCUGGACCUGAAGAUGUGGCCUGUGAUGUCUGCACUGAGAGGAGACUGAAAGCCUUCAAGUCCUGUCUGGUGUGUCUGGCUUCUUACUGUGAGAAACACCUUCAGCGUCAUUAUGAUGUACCUCCAUUAAAGAAACACAAGCUGGUGGAGCCCUCCAACAAGCUCCAGGAGAACAUCUGCUCUCUUCACGAUGAGGUGAUGAAGAUUUUCUGCCGUACUGAUCAGCAGUGUAUCUGUUAUCUCUGCUUAAUGGAUGAACACAAAGGCCACGACACAGUCUCAGCUGCAGCAGCAAAGACCGAGAGGCAGAGAGAGCUGGAGGGGAGUCGACUAAACAUCCAGCAGAGAAUCCAGGACAGAGAGAAAGAUGUGAAGCUGCUCCAUCAGGAGGUGGAGGCCAUCAAUCUCUCUGCUGAUGAGACAGUGGAGCAGAUCUUCACUGAGCUGAUCCGUCUCAUGGUGAGAAGAAGCUCUCGUGUGAAGCAGCAGGUCAGAUCCCAGCAGAGAACUGAAGUGAGUCGAGUCAAAGAGCUUCAGGAGAAGCUGGAGCAGGAGAUCACUGAGCUGAAGAGGAACGACGCUGAGCUGAAGAAGCUCUCACACACAGAGGAUCUCAACCAUAUUCUACUCAACUACCCCUCACAGUCAACACUCAGUGAGUCUACAGACUCAUCCAGCAUCAACAUCCGUACUCUGAGCUACUUUGAGGACGUGACAAUUGUUGUUUCAGAAGUAAGAGAUGAACUACUGGACGUCCUUAGAGAGAAAUGGACAAACGUCUCACUGGCGGUGACUGAAGUGAAUGUUUUACCGUCACUAUCAGAGCCCAAGACCAGAGCUGGAUUCUUAAAGUAUUCACGGGAACUCACACUGGAUCCAAACACAGCACACAGACAGCUGUCAUUAUCAGAUGGGGACAGAAAAGCAACAUUUAUGAGUGAACAUCAGUCUUAUUCUAGUCACCCAGACAGAUGUAAUGGAUGCUUCCAGGUCCUGAGUAGAGAGAGUCUGACUGGACGUUGUUACUGGGAGGUGGAGUGGAGAGGAGGAGGAGUUAAAGUGGCCGUUGCAUACAAGGAUAUCAACAGAAAAGGGUACAGGAAUGAAUGUGGAUUUGGAUACAACAACAAAUCUUGGGCAUUAGAUUGUGAAAAUAAUAGUUAUAACUUCAUGUACAACAAAGUCCAAACUCGCGUCUCUGGUCCUCAGUCCUCCAGAAUAGGAGUGUACCUGGAUCACAGAUCAGGUAUUCUGUCCUUCUACAGGGUCUCUAAAACCAUGACUCUCCUCCACAGAGUCCAGACCACAUUCACUCAGCCUCUCUAUGCUGGACUUUGGCUUCUUUAUUCCUUGGGAAACACUGCUGAGUUGUGUAAACUAAAAUAGACAGAAGUCAUUUGAGGGUUAAACUCUUGAACUCAUUUAGUCUCCAUGUUUGUGUCUCAGAGCUGAUUGUUGAGGUGUUUCUUCACUGCACUGAGAUCAGCUGUCAGUCAAACCUUCUGGGUGCUACUUUGACAUCUUCUCAUGAGUUGUUCAGUAAAUGUUUGACUUCCUGUAGGUGGCGCUCCUUCCUGGUUCUGUUUAGUCAUGGAGGCUCUCACUGCUCAUGACGUUUGUUUACCUGAACUGACUUUUCUCUGCUUGAACAUUUAAACUUUAUCCAAGAUUUUUGUUCUGUGUGCAUUUGUAAAUAAAUCUUUAAUAGCCUGUAUUUGUCUUUAACAUGGCUGAGUUUCCGGUCAAACUGAUUGUGUGGAUGAACUGUCCAUGAAAUCAUUGAUCAAGAGUCAUUUAACAGACUUUACUGAUGGGAUGAGAGAACAAACUCAAUGUUUACAUUAGUAUUAUUUUUUCUCGUCUUCUUUCCAGCGUGUAAUACAAAGCUGAUGUAUAAAAUAAACUAAUACAACUUUCCUCACUAAAACAUCUUCAUCGCAGAGUUUGAUAUCACUUGUUGCUUUUUACAACCAACAGUUUGUUUGUCUACUAAUGAUUCAUCACACACACUUAAACACCUUUAAAAUAAUAAUAAUGGCUGCUUCAAUGGUCAUUUUUGGGUCUGUGGAGGAUUUGAGGAGUCCUGACACACAUACGACUACAGAUAUUGUGUAGUUUAUUCUGAUCAAUUAUUACAAUGUUCAGAAUUUAAGAAGUCGGAUAAACUUUAACCCACAGCUUCGAACAGCACAUUCUGAAAUAAUAUGUACAACCUGAGAGCUGAUGUGAAUACUGUUUUUAAAGUGGAAGCUCUCCUCUACCAUCUUUCCCAUGUGGCCUGAAUGCAGCAUCAGUGUUUAAAGGGCGUGACUCCUGUGAACAAACUGACAUAGUGUGAAAUUACAUAACUUUAAAUGUCUCUUUGCUGAUGAUGUUUAAAGCUGCCGGAGGCUCAGUGAAGUCUUUACACGUCCUUCUGCAGUGAACAUCACAGCAGGUCAACAGGUGAAACGUGAAAAACUGAAGCGCAACACAAGAGGGCGCCUUCAUCCUGAUAACCAGGAUGGAGUGGAGGUCCAAGUCACUUUGUCUACACAUAGUUGUAUAUAAAUAAAGUACAUUUUGAUC